AUGACUUUGGGCAGCAGCGGCGGCGGCGGCUGCGGGAUCAUGUCCGAGCGCUCCCCGGAGGAAGAGCCGCUCUCCGAGGUGGAGGACGCGGAUAUCGACGUGGUGGGCCCGCCCCAGGAUGGGGGCAAGUACAGCGAGGACGAGGAGGACGACGACGAGGAGGAGGACGACGACGACGACGAGGAGGACGGCGGCGAUCCGCUGGGGCUCGCCCUGCCGCGAAGCGGGGCCGCCCAGGCGCGCAUGGGGGGGUCCCCGGAGCGGCUCUCCCCCGCCGGCGGCUCGGAGCCGGCCUGCGCCCGCGGCGCCGCGCCCGGGGAGAAGGCGCCCGCGGGCGGCGGCGGCGGCGGGAAGAACCCGCUGGUGAAGCCGCCCUACUCCUACAUCGCCCUCAUCACCAUGGCCAUCCUGCAGAGCCCCAAGAAGCGGCUGACGCUGAGCGAGAUCUGCGAGUUCAUCAGCGGACGCUUCCCCUACUACCGGGAGAAGUUCCCCGCCUGGCAGAACAGCAUCCGCCACAACCUCUCCCUCAACGACUGCUUCGUCAAGAUCCCCCGGGAGCCCGGCAACCCCGGCAAGGGCAACUACUGGACGCUGGACCCCGAGUCCGCCGACAUGUUCGACAACGGGAGCUUCCUGCGCCGGAGGAAGCGCUUCAAGCGGCAGCAGCAGCUGCACCCGCCGCACCCCGAGCUGCUGCUGCGCGCCGGGGCCGCCGACCCCGCCGCCUUCCUGCCCGGCUUCGCCUACGGACCCUACGGCUACAACUACGGCCUCCAGCUCCAGGUACCACCACCACCACCACCACCCCGGCGGCGGCGGCGCCGCGGCGCCUUCCCCUUCCAGGCUCCGCACUGCCCGUUACCGGCUCCGCCGCCUCCCGCCGCCUCGGUCUUCUCCGCCGCCUCGGGGCUGCCCUCCUUCCUGGGCGGCGAGCUGAACUGCAGGAAGUCCUUCUACCACCCCCAGCUGAGCCCCACCGCCCUGCCCGCCGCCCUCCUCCAGACCCUGAAGCCGGACCCCACGGCCGGCGGCGGCGGCGGCGGCGGCAACGGCAACCCCUCCCGGCCCUCUUUUUCCAUAGACAACAUCAUCGGGGGGGCCGUGCCCCCGCCGCCCAGCACCCACCCCAGCGCCGCGCCCGCCGCGCCCUUCCCCGCCGGCCAGGCUGCGCCGCCGGCGCCCGUGCUGGCCGUGCUCAGCCCCGCGCUGGCCCCGCCGCACACCCCGGGCAGCCUGGCGCACGAGCCGCUCCUGCAGCCCGCCCAGAACUUUGCCAGUAAAAUCACAAACCUUAGCAGCUGUCAUUUUUGA